CAUCUCCCAUGGAUUUCAAAGAUACUCUUAUCUCCGAUCAAGACCACGACGUCUCACAACAGAAGUACUCUUCGUUUGACCUUGACCUUGUCCGUCUCCGUAGCCAGAUAUUCGAGGCGGUCUAUCGGAAAACCGAUUUGAUUAGAGCUAACCAGGAGCUGUCUCGCGAGAGAGAUGUGCUUAGGCAAAGAAAUCAGGAGCUUGAAGCUCGAUUCUCGGAGCCAGCGAUGGUCAGAGAGGAAACAAAAAGAGAUCUUGAAGUUUCUAGAGAGCGAGUCAGUGAGCUUGAAGAAGAAACAAAGGAAAAAUCCAGAUUACUUUCGGAAGUUACGGAAUCCGUACAAUCUGUACAAGAUCGCUUGUUGAAAUCGAUCGGAUACUUAAACGACGAGGAUGUUCCAGGAAGGGGAAGAGUGGGAAAAAUAGAGUCAGAGGAAUAUAGCUCCAAGUCAGUUUUGGAGUUGGUCAAGGAGGUAGAGAAGAAGGUGGAGACGCUUAUGGAAUCGAUGGAGAAGAAGAAGAUGGAGCUAAGUAGAAGUGUGGAAUUUUUGGAAGAGGAGAACAAAGACAUCAGUGUCUUGUUAAGAGCUGCUUUGUCUGAGAAACAAAUUGCAGAGAAGCAGUUGAAAGAGACGAAUGAGCAGAAGAGAUCGGCGUUGCUACAAAUCGCAGAACGAGGGUUACAGAGAAUAGGGUUUGGUUUUGGGUUUAGGGAAUCAGUACAGGAAAGCUCAGAAACAGGACUUCUCGAGAAGGAAGAAGAUGAAGCUGAGAAUAGUAUGGUUAUAGCAAUAGAGAAAACAAUGAAGAAUCUACGGAAAGAGAUUUCUCAGCUGAAGCUUUCAUUGGAGGAAUCAAGGUUAGAAGAAGCGCGGUUGAAGAAAAUUACAGAGGAACAAGCUCAGAAAAUAGCAGAGAACAUGAUAAAAAUUGACAACCUGAAAAACCGAGAGAGAUCUCUAUCUCAAAACGUGGAAGAGCUAGUGAGUGUCAUAAUAGAAGCUGAAUCAGAAGUAAGUAGAUGGAGAAAAGCUUGUGAGCUAGAAGUAGAAGCAGGGCAACGUGAAGUCCAAGAACGCGAUCAACUCAUAGCGGUUAUAAAGGCAGAGGUUGAGAAGAUGAGAUCAGCAUUGGCUAUAUCAGAAGGGAAACUGAAACUGAAAGAAGAGUUAGCCAAAGCUGCGAUGGUAGCAGAAGAAGCAGCUGAGAGAUCGUUGAGAUUGGCUGAGAGAAGAAUAGCUGAACUACUCAACCGCAUUGAACAUCUCUACCGCCAAUUGGAAGACGCAGAGUCUAUAGAACGCAGACGCAGAAAGUUUAGGUACGUUUGGUGUUGGCCGUUAUGGCGUUUGCCUGCCGCCGCUGCUGUUUAUGUGGCUGCUACCGAUAGUUCUUCAUGUAUAAGCAACAGAGCAUUGUUACGAUAUGGUGCUUGAUCUAGUGUUUAUAAAAUCAAAAUAGUUUCACUUUAAUCUAAUAAAGAUUACAUGUUCUUCAUUUCUUAGGCCCUUAACUUCUGAAACAAUGAAGUGAAACUCUAUUAUUCUUUCUCUGUCG